CCGCGCUGGACACGUCGGGGCGGAAGUCGAGGUCCGCCCGCUUCACUGCAGGCGCCCCAGCUGAAGCCACCCGCCUGGGGUCCGAGCCGGAAGGAAGUGGAGUGGACCGGACUGGAGCUGGCCCCCUGCUAGCCGGGUCCGAGCGGUAGCCGGGAUUUCUGGAACAGGCGUUCUAGGGGCCGAGGAGGAUGGGGACGAAGAGGCGGCUGCUCCCGGCCACAGCCGCCCUGCUUUGGGGCUUUCUGCUAAGAAUGACAGCUGCUCGGGAAGGAAUCAUACAUGCAUAUGGAGAAGGAAAACCAUUACCAUCUAAAGACUAUUGCAUGCUUUAUAAUCCCUCUUGGACGACUCUUCCCACUACAAUAGAAAAUACAACUUCAUUUAGUUUGGAGAAUCUGACCACACCACUCUGCAACUCUUCUGACAUUCCUUCCACUGGAAUAAGAAAUAAAGUAGUUGCAGUAUCAUGGGGCACCUGUGAAUUUCUCAAAAAAGCUAAGAUUGCACAAAGAGGAGGCGCUGAAGCAUUGUUGGUUGCCAAUGACAGUUUAUAUUUUCCUCCAUCAGGAAACAAUUCUGAAUUUCAAGAUGUGAAAAUAUUGAUUGCAUUUAUGAGUAACAAAGACUUGAGAGACAUGCAACAGACUCUUGGAAAUAAUAUUUCUGUGAACUUCUAUGCACCUUCAUGGCCUACAUUUGAUUAUACUUUGGUGGUCAUCUUUAUAAUUGCUGUGUCAAGUGUGGCUUUAGGAGGUUACUGGAGUGGCGUCAGUGAAUUGGAGGACAUGAAGGCAGUGACAAAUACUGAAGAUAGAGAAACAAAAAAGAAAGAAGACUCCUUAACUUUUACUCCACUUACAGUUAUAAUGUUUGUGGUUGGCUGUUGUGUUAUAAUCAUCUUACUUUAUUUCUUCUACAAGUGGCUAGUCUAUGUUAUGAUAGCAAUUUUCUGUUUGGCAUCUUCAAUGAGUUUAUACAACUGCCUUUCAUCACUAAUUAGGAAAAUACCAUGUGGACAAUGCAGGAUUGCAUGUGGCAGUAAAAGCUUUGAAGUGAGACUUCUUUUUCUUGCAGCAUUUUGCAUAUCUCUGGCUGUUGUUUGGGCUGUUUUUCGAAAUGAUGACAGAUGGGCCUGGAUUUUACAAGAUCUCUUGGGAAUGGCUUUCUGUCUGAAUCUAAUUAAAACAUUGAAAUUACCCAAUUUCAAGGCUUGUGUAAUACUUCUAGUUCUCCUCCUCAUCUAUGAUGUAUUUUUUGUUUUCAUAACACCAUUCAUCACAAAGAAUGGGGAAAGUAUCAUGAUCGAAGUUGCAGCUGGACCUUUUGGAAGCAAUGAAAAGAAUGGUGGAAACUUGGUGGAAGCCACUGCUCAGCAAUCAGCUCCCCAUGAGAAAUUACCAGUUGUUAUCAGAGUACCAAGGUUGAUAUAUUUCUCAGCAAUGAGUGUGUGUUUAGCCCCUGUUUCAAUAUUGGGUUUUGGAGACAUUAUUGUUCCAGGUCUCCUGGUUGCUUAUUGUCGAAGAUUCGAUAUACAUGUUGGUUCUUCUAUCUACUAUAUUUCCUGUGUAAUUGCAUAUGCUGUGGGCUUGGUACUCACUUUUAUAGUUCUGGUGCUAAUGAAAAAGGGGCAGCCAGCUCUUCUCUACUUAGUAUCUUGCACACUUAUUACUGUUGUGAUUAUUGCUUGGAGACGUAAGGAAGUGAAGAAGAUCUGGGAAGGCACUAGCUAUCAGGUGAUGGAAAACUUGGACUAUGGAGCUAGUGAAGAAAAUGUGACCACCAAUCAACAAAGUGUCCAACAGUGAUAUUAGGUAUUUAAUGAUGAGAGGGCCAUAGAAUUUAAGAACUGGUGGGACCUUUAAGAAUCUUCAAGUCUUGUUCCCUUCGAUUUGAGAAUAAAGAAACUAAAGACCAAAGAGUUUUGUAAGCCAAGUUAAUGCUUGUUGUGGCUUAAGUAGGACGAAAACCUAGAUUUUUGUAGUUCUUAAUGAAUGCCUUAUUUGGGACAGAAAAUUAAGCAUGGUUUCCUAAAACAGUUUCUUAUUGAGAAUCCAGUUUAAAUGGGAGAUUUUGAUAGUGAAAGAUAGAAUAAAAUUAAAUUGCUUGAAAAAUUUCAUCUACAUUUUGAUGUAUAGUUUCAAUAAAAUUUUUCAUCUAAUAGGUUCUUUUUCAGAAGUGCUAUUUCAUCUAAACUCUGACAGCUAAAGUAAUGAUAGACUUGAUAUGAUAGAUUAUUAUUUUCUGCUUUAUCAUAUUAAGUCAAGUUUGGAAUUUUGUCUAUUGCAUAUGCCUUAAAAUAAAAAUUUUGUUUUGUAUAAUUGAAAUAAUUAUAAUAAUUUUUAUUUAAUAAUCUUUCUGGUAUUUUCUUUUUGACAUUUGAGAUAUUUUCUAACUUUGAAAACGUGAGCCCUAUGAUACUAUUUGUUUUUUUUCUAAGCAUUGCUUUAUUGCUGCUUUCAAUGACAAAACUUACUUUUUAAUUAAAAUUAUCAAAUGAAUUCAGAAAUAGGGAAUUAUUUUUAACUCUCAUCACAAGCAGUAUGUUUUUAAAAAGUUAAGUUGAUCAAUGUAAGAACUCAAAUAUAACAAAUUAAUUUAAAAUAAUAUGCAUUCCUUAAUGAUGGUAAAAUUCAAGUGAUGUUUUUAUCUUUGUAACUUUAAGGAGCAUUGUACAAAGUUACCUAAUUACCAAAAACUAAAUCCAAAACAAUCUGAAAUAACUAAAAAUUAGAGCAGGACAGGAUUUAGUAUUAGAGUCUCCUGUUUUCUUUCUUACCCAAUUAGGACUGUCUUGACUUACUCAAAAAGGAACAAAAUUUCCUUUUUGAGCUUAUCGUAUAAAAAAAUAAACUUGUAUCUACUCAUCUUUAAUACCAAUAGAAAAAAAAUACAAUUAGUAUGAGAUAUAUAAAGCUACUUAGAAAUUAUUGAGUAUUCCUACCACAUGGAUUAUGUAAAUAUUUAUAAACAUAUAACUUUUAUUUAUUUAGAUUCAGAUACUACUGAAAUGUGAGACCAUUGAGCUGGGGAAAAGGAUGUUAAUAUUUCCCUCUGUUUAUGUUUUCCUAAAAUCAGAUUAUAGAAUGUGCACUUGAGAAUCUUUUUAACUUCCUGAUUAUUCCAAUUUGUAUAAAAACUUAACCUUUAAAUUAUUUCUUAGAAGAUGAGUUCUAGUGCUUCUUUUUUAUUUUUCAGUGAGAAUGUCAGCCUAUUUGUUAAAAUAAAUUUCUAGCUAUUGGCCUAUCACAUAGAGACCAAUGGGAAGUGGACAUGUUUAAAAAGAAAAUAACUAAGCUUUGCAAACUCUUUCAAUUCACAGUGCAGGGGACACAAUAGUGCUUGAUUGAUAGAUAUUCAUUGAAUUGAAUUCUGAUUUUGCACUGGAAAAAAUAUUUUAAUAUUCUGAAUAUUAAACAUUUGAAUUAAUGUAUAUAUAUGCUUAGUGAAACUUCUAUUCUGAUCUUAGUAAAUGAAUUUUUUUUUUAAGGCUUCUUUUCUUUCGAGUGGAAUGCAUUGAAUUAGGAGUAUUUUCUAGUUCUCAUGGACACUGACUGUGAUUGUAUGAUGUGGGCAAGUCUAUAUUGCACAAGUACAGCUUUUGAUCAAUUUUAGAUCAAAUCAAAUUAGCUUUGUUAUUUUUGUGAACAUAAUGCCAAAUCAAGCUUGCAGAUUUGAUGUUUCAGCUUUCUUUUUCACUUUGUAGAUGCUUGGUCCUCUGAUACUUUAUGUAAAAUUGCUGUCUUUUUUAGCAAACAGAAUGCACAAUAGUAUUUUCCACUUAUAUAUUUUAUAGUUUUCAAAAUGCUUUCCUUAAAAUGAUCACGAAGAUAAGGUAUAUGUUAUAUUGAAAAUCACUUUGAAUUUCUCAAACGGAAAAUAUACAAAUUGAAGACACCUAAAUUGAAUUGUUAAACUUUUUGUACUUUAUGCAUUUAGAUGUUAUAAGGUGUUUUUUUCAGUAUAUAUUGUCCUCUAUUGCUGAAUUUGCAAGCCAUGAAAAAUAUUCAACCUAAGAUCCUUAUAAAUAUUUCCAUAAGUUAGACCAAAAGUUUUCAUUUCUUUGGAAAAAUUGGAGUUGAAAAAAGAAGUUUUCAUCUGACAACCACAAGCCAAUCAUUGUUAGAUGUAAAAAAGAAACAUCUGGGAUAAAUAAUGAAAAAUGGUAGGAAAUCAUUACUCCCUUUUAAAAUCUACUAAACCACUUGUAAGUAGCUUCAUUUCUACAAGGAUAAACAUAUUUGUUUAACUUUAAGACUAUCUAUUAAUCUAAAGACAAAUUGUUAGCUUUAUGUUUUGCUUACUCUUAGUAUCACUUUAUUUUGUGAAGUGGCCCAAAAUAUCAUUCAACUCAAAUAUGAAUUAAAAAGACUUAUUUGCAAAAUAUGAAUUUUUUAAAGUUAAAUGAUUGCAUUUUCAUUGUCUAAAUGAUUCAUUUAAUGUGACAUUUAUUUUUUAAAUAGUUUAAUGGAAUAUUUAUAUUUGCAUUUCAGUGUAUAUAUUAUCAUAAAACUUAACACUACUAAGCUUUCUUUUGGUAGAACAUUUUAAUGUAAAUUUGUUUUUUUUCCAAUUAGAACAAUUAUUCAUUGUGCUUUGAACUACCAUUAUGAUGUGCAAAUACUGACAACAUAAAACAAUAUUUUAACUGUAUUUAAUGAAUCUUAAUAAUAAAUAUAUUUUCUUUUUUAAAAAA